GGAGUCAUACGUCACAACGUUGGAUGGGAAUCUGAUUUUCCUCUGAUGCUGAGACACACACACACACACACACACACACACAGACACACACACAGACACACACAGCCCUCAGACAGAAGACAGACGGACGAAGUAAAGGAGAGAGAGAACGUGAGGGAGAGUUUAAAGCGAGAAACCGAGAGAGCAAAAGGAAGAAGAGCAGGAACCAGGAGGGAGAAAGAGGUGCUGUGUGCUGUAAUCCCAAACAAGUCCAACCAAAUUUUUAAUAAAACUUCAGUUGAUCAGCUGGAUUUCCAGCAAGUGAAGCAACACCCUGAAGAGAAGUCUCAGUAAACCGUCCUUACUGUUGGAAACCAUCGGGUGUAACGCAAACACAUGCUAAAACCUAAAAAAAACAACAUCACCGGUCCAACGAUGGCGCCCAAGAAGAAGGCCUCCCGCCAGAAGAAGCCCGCCGCGGAGACCAUCUCUCAGGCCGCAGUGGAGACCGCCGCAGUCCCGCUGAAGGUGGAGAGCCUCGGUGACGGUGUGGUGGUGGUGGAGAGCCGCGUGAAGAAGAUCGAGCAGAUGGCGGCGCUGGACAUCGCUCAGCUGAACAGCCUCAAUCUGCCGCUGCCGCCGCCGGUCAUCGCGCCCGGAGAGCGAGGCCUCGGCCUGGGCAGCGAGCUGACCCGCCCGCUCCACGGCAACGCCCUGCUGGAGGAGCUCAGCAAGAUGCGGCAGGAGAAGUUCCUGACUGACCUUGAGUUGGCCUGCAAGACCAAAGCCUUCGACGUCCACAAGCUGGUCAUCUCCUCCAUCAGUCAGUACUUCAGGGAGAUUCUGGCCAAAGACCCGGGCAUGAAGCGCCUGGAGCUGCCCUCGCUCUCACCCCUAGGCCUGGCUAACGUCAUCACCUUCGCCUACCUGGGUCGCGUCCACAUGUCGCUGUACACCAUCGGCUGCACCGCUUCCGCCGCCGCCACCCUGCAGAUCCCUCAGCUCCUCAAGAUGUGCAUGGACUUCCUGCUGGCCGAGCUCAACGUGCAGACCUGCGUCUACAUCUGGAACAUCGCCGCCGCCUACGGCCUGACGUCGGUGAGCGACGCGGCACGCCGCUUCGUCCUGGAGAACUUCGUGCAGUUCGCGGACACGCCCCUGUUCACCCAGCUGACCCUGGAGCAGAUCUCCGCCUUCCUGCAGGACGACGCGCUGCUGCUGCCUUCAGAGGUCACAGCCUUCCAGCUGGCCAUGAGGUGGCUCGACUUUGACUCGUCUCGUCAGGCUCACGCCGCCGAGCUGCUGUCCCACGUCCGCUUCGAGACGAUCCCCGCCAGCGAGCUGGUGAGCCAGAUCCAGCCGGUGCCCCGCAUGAUGAUGGACCCGCACUGCCACCGGCUGCUGGUGGACGCCAUGAACUACCACCUGCUGCCCUUCCAGCAGAACAGCCUGCAGUCCCGACGCACGCAGGUCCGAGCCGGUCAGCAGGCCCUGCUCAGCGUGGGCGGGCGGCCGUCGCUCACCGAGAGAGCUCUUAGCCGCGAGGUACUGUGGAGGGACCCUCGAGAAGGAACAGCCACAUGGCGUCACCUCACCCAGCUGCCGGCGAAGAGCUUCAACCAGUGUGUGGCCGUGAUGGACGGCUUCUUGUACGUGGCGGGUGGGGAGGACCAGAACGACGCCCGCAACCAGGCCAAGCACGCCGUCAGCACCCUCAGCAGAUACGACCCUCGCUUCAACACCUGGCUCCACCUGGCCAGCAUGCGACAGCGCCGCACCCACUUCUCUCUGGCAGCCAGCGGCGGCCGCCUGUACGCCAUCGGCGGCCGCAACGUGGAGGGUCUGCUGGCCACCACCGAGAGCUACCUGCCGUCCUCCAACGCCUGGCAGAUGCGCGCUCCCAUGGAGGUGCCCCGCUGCUGCCACUCCAGCGCCACCCUGCCCUCUGGAGACCUCCUGGUGACCGGCGGCUACAUCAACUGCGCCUACUCCCGCUCCGUGGCGUGCUACAACGUUGACAGCGACUCCUGGAGCGAGAAGGCCCCCAUGGAGACACCACGCGGCUGGCACUGCUCCGCCGCUCUGGGAGGGAAGGUGUACGUGGUGGGAGGGAGCCAGUUGGGGCCGGGCGGGGAGCGGGUAGACGUGCUCUCCGUGGAGGUGUUCUCCCCGGAGGGCAGCGGCUGGAGCCGGGCCGCCCCUCUCCUCCUCGGCGUGAGCACCGCCGGACUCUCCCCGCUCGCCGACAAGCUGUACCUGCUGGGCGGCUGGAACGAGGCGGAGAAGCGCUACAAGGCGGCCGUCCAGAAGUACGACCCGGCCACAGACAGCUGGUCCGCGGCGGAGGACCUGCCCGAGCCCACCGUGGGAGUGUCCUGCUGCACCUUGACCCUGCCGCCCCGCCACGCGCCGCGCCGGCAGCAGCACCGCAACACGCCGGCCCACGAAGAGCAGCAGCAGGCCGGUAAAAACCGGAGCAGAGAGAGCAGCACGGCUCCUUCCCAAAGCAUCCACGCGUAGAACCACAGGGCGCGCGGGGAGCCUGGAGGAGGGCUGGUUCAACCUCUGGAGAGCAUCUGGAUCAUGUCUGCGCUUUCUUUGGUUUCUGUAUAUGCCACAUUUAGUUAUAUCCUCUGUAGGUGGAAAAUAUCCUCUGUAGGUGAAAUAAUCUACUUAAAAGUCAAAUCAAAAUGUGUUUUCAUCUGCAAAUAACGAAUUUUGGAAACAAAAUGAACUAAAUUAUAUCAAAUUUAUUCACAUAUUUUUAAUAAGCUUAAAUGGAGUCACAAUUACUAAGAAUUAGAAAUCUAGCUAUUUCUUCAUAUUUACUUGACAUCCGACCUGUAUUGAUAUAAAUAAGAAAGCUGCACAACGUAUAAAGCCAGAAACCAAUCUAUAUGUCCAUGAGCUGGUUAUGUAGGAAGAAAAAAAGGUUGCUUGAUCCAAAGUGAUCUCUGGAGGUUUGAUAUCGAUGGAAAGAAAAAAAAAAAAAUGUGAAUACGAGAAGAAUUUCUAUAGUGGAGGUGAUGGGUGGAGGAGGAUGAAAGAAGACGGGAACAUUGGCUUUCAGCGUUUGAGUGUUGAACUAUUAAGAGUUUGUGUAGAUGUAUUUCAGCGGUGCGUAUGUAGCGUUCAACUGAACAUUGUGUGUGUGAGAAAUGAAUAUGAGCCAAUUGUAACAUUAGGAUUAACAAUCUAGCAGGUUGUCAAUAAACAAGCGUCUAUAUUCAGAUUUAUUUUAUGGUCAUCUCGCAAUAGUGUAGCUCAACUGACAAAAUAUAACAUUUACCGAGAUAUAUUUCAUACAGGCGAUGUGGAAGGGAUUACGAGGUGAACACAAGAGGAAGGCGAUGUGAGCUCAACCCGGCAGAUAUUAAUGAAAGUAAAAUUACAUGCAAAAUGUAUACUGAAGGAGGAAAAUAACGGAUAUUUAAAAGAUCUAAAAAUAAAAAUAAAAAAUGUAAAUAUAACUGAACCGAAUCCUGGUUAGUUUUAAAGUGUUUGACCAAUUUUUACUGAAACUAAGAAUCCAUCAACUGAAGAACCAGUGAGACGCCAGCAGGAGGAAAGUCACGUGAGGUGCAUCUGCUCAUCUGAUUGGAUAAAUCAAUGCUGGAUGAGAUCUGUGUUGGUUGUUUCACUGAAUAAAGCCUAAGUGAUCAA